CAGGAGAAUCUCCAAAGACAGAAGAAUCACCACAAUCAGACAAAUCUCCUCAAACAGGUGAAUCUCCACGGACAGACGAAUCACCACAAUCAGACGAAUCUCCUCAAACAGGAGAAUCUCCAAAGACAGAAGAAUCACCACAAUCAGACAAAUCUCCUCAAACAGGCGAAUCUCCAAAGACAGAAGAAUCACCACAAUCAGACAAAUCUCCUCAAACAGGUGAAUCUCCACGGACAGACGAAUCACCACAAUCAGACGAAUCUCCUCAAACAGGAGAAUCUCCAAAGACAGAAGAAUCACCACAAUCAGACAAAUCUCCUCAAACAGGUGAAUCUCCACGGACAGACGAAUCACCGCAAUCAGACGAAUCUCAUCAAACAGGAGAAUCUCCAAAGACAGAAGAAUCACCACAAUCAGACAAAUCUCCUCAAACAGGUGAAUCUCCACGGACAGACGAAUCACCACCAUCAGACAAUUCUCCUCAAACAGGCGAAUCUCCUCAAACAGUGGAAUCUCCAGGGACAGGCGAAUCUCCUCAAACAGGUGAAUCUCCACAGAAAGAGGAAUCUCCACAGACAGACAAAUCACUACAAACAGAUUUGAUUGAAAAUACAAAAGACAUGAUACCUAAAGCUCAUGGCUCCACAGAAAACAGCAUUCCUGACCAAAUGACUGAAGUUUCUAAAGCUGAUGAUGAAGCGAAGGACAGUAGAACAGCAGGAGUCAAAAAAGAUCCACAGUCAGAACAAAAGGAAAAAAUAUUUAAAAGACUUAAUAUUCAAGUCAACAGCAACAAUAAGCUGAGAGCUGCAGAAAUUCUUCAGAUAACUGCACAUUCAUUAGAGUCUCAUGAGUCUUGUGCUGAAGAAGAGCUGGUUAAGACUUUCCUACAGAAAUUACUGAUGUUGAACUACAGAGCAAGAUACAUUAAAACUAAAGGGACCAAUGAACAGCAUCAUACACAACAAAGAGACAAUGACUUAUCUGAAGAUGAGGGGGAAUUGUUUGAUGAAAUGUCUUUGUCUGAUGAAGUAAUAAGUACACCAGACAGCAUUCACAUGAUGGAUGUUCAGAUGGCUGUGUUUCAUUGUGCUGAUAGUUUCCUAAAGCAGCAAAUAGUCACAAAACUCUCACAGUGUCAGUUUGCACUUCCUCUGCUUGUUCCUGAUCCAUUCACAAAACAGAUUCAGUUUCCCCUCUGGACAUUCAGACAAAUCAACAAGAGCUGGAAGAUGAAAAAUACUGACAAUGAGAUUAUCAAUAAAGUCCAGCCAGUGUACAAAGCAGAAACUCCUAUGGUGUCAUUCUUCAGGUUUGGUUCUGUGUCUUCAUCCAAGUCUCAGCUGAUGAACAAUCUGAUCAAUGAGAAACACAACACGUUCUUCCACAGGAACUGUCCAGGCAGCAGCAAAACCAGAGUACUGAUGGAUGGAGUUGUGGAGAUCGCCUGGUACUGCCCAUCUGCAAAAGACACAGAUAAAUUUAAUGACUGUGUUGCCUUCUGCAAUCUUCAUGGUGAUGCAGGAGCCAAUGAGAAACAACUGCAGAUUCUGACUGAUAUGUCUUCUGUCAAUGUUCUUCUUCUGUCACAGCUUAACAAUAAUGACAAAAACAAACAAAAAAUUCAAACCUUGUACAGUGACAAGAAACCACUCAUCUGUCUAUUUACUGAGAAGGACUCUGCUUCAUGUAAAAGGAAGAAAGGAAAAUACACAAUUGGUCUAAAAGACAGAAAUCAGUCAGAUGUAUCUGAAGAACUCAGAAUUGCUAUAAAUGAUUGUCUCUCAUCUUCAGCAUCAGCUUCCAUGUUCAGACUUGAAGAUGUGUCAAAACACUCAGAUAUCACAGUAGAUGAGGAUGAUGAUAAAGACUGCCAAAGAGGAAGAGAAGCAGCAUGUAAGAUGCUAAGUUUAUUGGAAAAUAAACGUCUGACAGAAAUCAAAGAAUCAUUUCUGCCCUGUCAGGGUGAACUGUGGCACCAAUGGUGUAAGAAAAAUAAAGAAAUUAAUCGACCACAAGGAAAUGAGACAGAACAAGAAAUAAGUACAAAACGAACAGAAAUGAAUAAAAUUCGUGAAGAGCAAAAUAAAUCCCACGUAAGUGAGUUUAUAAAGUCAUUUAUAAAACAAAUAAAAUCACAUGGUGCGAAUAAGAUGUUUUUCCUCACAUGGCUCAGAAUCCUCCUGGAUGAAUUUACUACAGCUGAUCUUUCUGCACUACAUCACAAGUAUAAUGAAAAGUGGUCAACAGUCUUAAAACUGAAAGAGACCAAUGAUAAAUCUGAGAAAGAUGCACAAACAGAACUUGAAAAAAUAUCUGAAGAACUUCAAGCCGCAACCUUUGGAGGGGAGCACAUCAUGAGAGAGAUCGCUCAGAUCUAUGAAUCACGUUCAUCUGUGAAGAAAAACAAGACAGACCUGCAGUUUGACUUCACUUCUCUCCCGAGUCUUGCAGCAGAGAUGAUGAUAUCUGGGCUUCCACUGGAGCUGAUGGAUGGAGAUGCUGCUCAUGUUCCUCUGAUCUGGGUUACUGCUGUUCUAGAUCAACUCAUCCAGAAACUGGGAGACCAGAGAGUCUUUGUGCUUUCAGUUUUAGGCAUUCAGAGCUCUGGGAAAUCUACCAUGCUGAAUGUCAUGUUUGGACUUCAGUUUGCAGUGAGUGCUGGCAGGUGCACAAGAGGAGCUUUCAUGCAACUGCUCAGAGUGUCAGAGGAGAUGAAACAAGAGCUGAAGUUUGAUUAUAUUCUGGUUGUUGAUACUGAGGGUCUUCGUGCUCUAGAACUGGCUGGAAGGUCGACAAGACAUCAUGACAAUGAACUGGCCACAUUUGUUGUUGGCCUUGGUAAUCUGACAUUGAUCAACAUCUUUGGAGAAAACCCCUCUGAGAUGCAAGACAUUCUUCAGAUUGUUGUCCAAGCCUUUCUGAGGAUGAAGCAGGUCAACCUGAAACCCAGCUGCAUGUUUGUGCAUCAAAAUGUUUCAGACAUCACAGCUGGAGAGAAAAACAUGGAGGGACGGAGACGACUGCAGAGGACACUGGAUGAGAUGACAAAACUCGCUGCUAAAGAAGAAGUCUGUGAUGAAGAACUUUUUAGUGAUGUCAUUGCAUUUGAUGUACGUAAUGAUGUGAAAUAUUUUGCUCAGCUGUGGGAGGGAAGCCCGCCCAUGGCACCACCAAACCCAAACUACUGUGAGAAUAUUCAAGAACUGAAAGAAACUAUCAUUGCACAAGCCUCAAAAUCAAAUGGAAUGAUGCUUACACAUUUACGUGAGCGAAUUCAAGAUCUUUGGAAGGCUUUACUGAAUGAACGAUUUGUGUUCAGUUUCAGAAAUUCUCUAGAGAUUUCAGUAUACAGGAGACUGGAGACAGAAUACAGCAAGUGGACCUGGAGUCUUCGCAGUACAAUGAUGGAAAUUGAGAACAGACUACAAAACAAAAUAGAAAAUGAAACAGUUGACAAUAUUGAAGAAAGAGAACUUCAAAAAGAAAUGAUGGAGAAAAUUGAAGAGGUGAAAAAAUCAAUGUCAGAAUUCUUUGAGAAAGACACAGAGGCUGAUAUACUGAUUCAGUGGAAAUCUUCAUUUGAAAUAAAAAUCACAGAGCUUCAGAAGAACAUUGUGAAAGAAACAAAGAGGAAAUUAAAUGACAUUCUUCAGCAUCGACACCUGAAGAGAAAGAUAGAUGCUCAGAGGACACAACAUGAAAACACUCUCUUAGAAAAGAGCAAAGAACUGGCUUUAAAACUCAAAGAUAAAGCAAAUGAUGAAGAAACUCUGAAAAGAGAGUUUGAUUUGUUCUGGCAAGAGUGGGUUGAGAAGAUUAAGAAGAUAGACAUAAAUACCUCAUCAACCAAAGACAUUGACAUACUGAGAGACGUCAAAGAUCUUCUCAGUGACAUCUAUCAAAGUGCUCCUGUAGACACCUGGAAGGUCAUCAGUAAUAUUUUCACUGUGCAGAGUUAUUCAGAUUAUGUACAUUUAAAGAAAUCCAGUGGAAUUACAGGACCUGUUAAAAAUGCACUCAAAGCAGCUCAAGAGAAGUUUGGUUACAGUCUAUCUAAAGAGGAUGAGACCAAUAUAAGAACCUUGAUCACAGAUGUUUCCCAUGAGACAGACAAGAAGAUCUUGUCAUUCAACAUUUCAAAGCUGGGCUACAACAACAGCUACAUUCAACACCUCACAGACCACAUCAAGGCAAGAAUAACAGAUUAUGAAGAGUCUGUGAAAUAUGUUUUCAAGAAUGAGUUCUUUGUGGAUUUGGUAUUUUCUAUAUUUAAGAGAGUAAACAAGACAUUCACUGAUGAACACAGAUUGUUCAAAGAAACCAAUGAUCCUCUUCUCUAUUUGGAGAAGAAAAGAGGAGAAUACUAUACUAUUUUCCAGAAAUACUGUCAAGGAGCAACAUCAGCUGCUAUUUUUGGUGAGAUCAUCUGUCAGAAACUGAAAGAACCCAUUGAACAGAGUGUCUACAAACACACUACCAGAAAUGUAGCAGAUGAAAUGAGAUCAAACUGUCCAUCACUGAAUGGAAACAGAUCAAAUCUGGAGAAACACAUCCUAAAGAAUCUGGCAGAAGAGGAGAACUUUGACAAAUACAAAAACUACAUUCUUAAUCCCAGAGAUCACUUCAAGAGUUUCAUCAGAGAUGAAGUCCAUCAGUACAUCAGAGAUAAGUUCAGUGUCAGUGUUCAGCCCAAAAUGAAGCAAUACAUUGAAGUCCUGGAGAGGAAGAUAUUGUCAGCAGCAAAUGAAUCUACUGAAGAUGUUCAAAUGAACAGUGGAGAUGUUGAAUUAUGGUUGACGUUUUUCACACAGAAACUCUCAGAUGAUCUGAUAUUCUCUGUGAAGGACUUCAGUGGAAUGAAACAUGAUGAUGUUAAUGAUUUCAAACUCCUAGAAGAUGUAAUCAGAAAAGAACUUCCAUCUAUAAUGUCUGACAUCAACAGAGACUUCAGCAAAGAUACAUUUAGGCUAAAAUUGGAUCUCAACAACAGACCUGAUGAGAUUCUGAUUAAUCACUUUUGUCAGUGCUGUUGGAGACGGUGUCCGUUCUGUGCAGCCAUCUGCACCAACACAAUUGAAAACCAUGAUGGUGAUCACAGUGUUCCCUUCCAUAGAGUGGAUGGACUCAGAGGAUUGCAUUACCAUGGAACAGAGGAUCUUUGUGUUAAUUUUUGCACAACUGUAGUUGCAUUACCUGGUAGAAGUUUCUAUUUAUCAGAUCAGCUUUUUUCAUACACGGAAUAUAGAAAAGCAGGAGUAGAUUUUGCAAAGUGGAGCAUCACCCCUGACCUCUCUGAGCUGCACUACUGGAAGUGGUGUAUUUGCAAAUUUCAGAAAGAGCUGGAAUCUCAUUAUAAAAAAAAAUUCCAGGGGGCUGGAAAGAUUCCAGAUGAAUGGAGAAAAUACACCAAGCAGGAUGCUAUUGAGAGUUUGAAUAAUGCCUAUAAAUAAACAAAUUAUUAAUUGCGCAGAUAAAGCUUUAAAGUCACAAAGUGGACUUUAUUUGUUUUUAAAUCAUUUUUUGUGCAAAUAUCUGCUGUAUUUUAAAUCAUUUGUAUCUUUUAUUAUUUUUAUCUUUAUCUUAAUCUUGGUCUUUAUUAAAACAAAUAUUAGCAAAUGAUAAUGUAAUUCUUCAGGUUAGUUUGAAAUGUAGUUAUUUUUCUUCAGAAUUAUUUCCAGGUUUGUGCUUUAAAAGGGUCUGAAUGCAUAACAGUACUGUUGCAGACACAUUGAUGUAAGUUUAAUAUUGUUUACCAUUAAAGAAGUUGCUUCUAGCAAGAAGAUAAUUCUGUGUGUUUUUUAUGUGUAGUCUAUUAUCUGUAAGAUUGAACAUCCAGCUUGAAUUUAAUUAAUUUUACAUAAAGCAAAUAAUUGCAUUUUUAAAAGAUUCUGUUUUUCAAUUACUUGUACUAAAUUACCAGCCAUGCUGUUGAUCUGUUAGCAAAGUGUUUACUAACAACACCAUUUUAUUACAAAAAAUUUGUUUAGAAAAAAUAUUUUAAUAAAACUAUUGCUAAUACAAAUUAUUUACACAUUUACACAUACACGAAGACACAAACACAGACAGGAAACUGCCACAGAAAAUGCACGCACAUGCACACAUGCACACACACGCAUGCACGCACGCACACACACACACACACACACAGAUUAGAAUAUUAACACAGUUUAUAGGCUACAGAUGUUUUUUAAUGUUUCUAUUAAAUCAAAAGGGUUCAUUGUAUUUAAAAUAAAAUGUAAAGACA